GGGCUGGAACAAAGCAAGGCCUGCGGGCGGCGGCUGGGCUCGGCUGGCGGGGCCGCGGGUGCGGGGGCCUGCGGGCGGCGGCCCGGGCGGAGCGUUGGAGGGAAGGAGGCGGUGUCAUCCUUUGUAUCGGCCCGGCCAUGAAUGGGUUGCCCUCGGCCGAGGCGCAGGGCGGCACGGGCUGCACCCUGGCGGGUCUCCCGCCGCUACCGCGCGGCCUCAGCGGUCUUCUCAACGCGAGCGGGGGCUCGUGGCGGGAGCUGGAACGCGUCUACAGCCAGCGCAGCCGCAUCCACGAUGAGCUGAGCCGCGCCGCCCGCGUCCCGGACGGGCCCCGCUAUGCUGCCGGCGCCGCCAACGCGGGAAGUGCCGCUGGUCCCCCCGGCCCGCGUCGUCCUGUCAACCUCGACUCGGCGCUAGCGGCGUUGCGCAAAGAGAUGGUGGGCCUGCGGCAGCUGGACAUGUCCCUGUUAUGCCAGCUGUGGGGCCUGUACGAGUCAAUCCAGGACUACAAGCACCUGUGCCAAGACUUGAGCCUGUGCCAGGACCUGUCAUCCUCUCUGCACUCAGACAGUUCCUACCCACCUGAUGCUGGCCUAUCUGAUGAUGACGAGCCUCCUGAUGCCAGCCUGCCCCCGGACCCGCCACCCCUCACUGUGCCCCAGACGCACAAUGCCCGAGACCAGUGGCUGCAGGAUGCCUUCCACAUCAGCCUCUGAAGAGCUAAGGGUGUGGGGGGGCAGGCACCCAGGCAAAAGGCUCAGAAAUUCAUCCCUCAGCAAGUACUCAGACUCUAGUGCCUGCUUUCCCCCAUACCACCUCACCUCACAGGAGGGCAAGGCCUGGGCCCCUCAGAGCUAAAACUGCCUACCCUCUCCUGUCUUGAGUUAGCUGGCACUGGGGCAGGUACCUGGGCUACAGCCUCUGCCCAUGGCACUGGACCUCCUCUUCUCCCACCUGCGUGCACUUCAGCUUGGCCAACCUUCAGUUUGGCUGUGGGUCCAAAACAUCGGGCACUCUCCUUGACAUCUCUGGGAUUGGGAUGAGUGCCUGGCUCCUAUCUCUUAAUCUUUUGCUGCCCUUGGCAGCUGCUGGCUCAGGGGCAUCCCUCCUCUGGUCCCUGGGUUCCACUGCCUUAGACAAGGGCUCCAGGACCCAUUCCUGCACCCACCCAUGGCCAGGAGGGCCAAAGCUCCGUGCUAGAUAUUUAAGUUUAGGGGCCAUCCUCCUGGGCGCCUAGAUAAAUAAAUACUCUCUCGGCA